AUGACUGACAUCAUCAAUGGCAGUAGAAAUGGCAUAGCAGAGGCGAAACCAGGACGUUUAUCGGAAGUCUCGCAUGCCGCAAACAAAAUCCAAAACAAAAUCCUAGAGGUGAGGAAUGAUUAUCAAGGCAAGACCCGGGAGAACAACAUAGCUAUGAAACCAAUCAAGGAGGAACCAAAAUGUACCUGUGCAGAGAUUCAAACAACUAGCGAUGAAGACGCCAGAGUGCCAAGUGAGAGGGAGCAAGUGAAAGCACCCGAAGGCAACAAGAGAGAUGCCAAAAAUGCCAAGAUUGUGGGAGCUGGAAGCGAAUCGAGAGGUGACGAAAAGUCAGUAACCUCAGAUCAAAGGGUGGUGUGUUACGAAAAGAAGGGAACAGAAGACGAUAACCCUGCGGAGACAAAGAAAGAAGACAAAAUAGUGAUGGUGCCGGUCGGUGCCAUUAUAACCGAGAAAUGCGAAAAACCUAGUAGGAAGGAAUCUGAUCCACACAAAGCAAGAUUGGGUUGUCGCAAUGAUGAUAUCAUACUUGCUAAGCGAGAAACCCAUGAGGUUGAAUCAGAUCAUCUUAGCAGCCGUGAUAGCCCCAUUGAUGAUGCCAAAAGUGAUAAUGACUGUGAUGGAAGACAUAUCACGGAAAUUACCACGGACUAUCGUGAUCAAGAAGAAGGAAAUGACACCACCGAACAAGUGAAACCAAUAAACCCCGAACCUGACCCCAGUAGAACUCCAUCAUGGCAAAGGAAGGAAGACGAUGAAAUCAUCAUAAUGCACCUGAUUAAGAGCACGCACAUGAAUACAUGGAUAAAUGCGCCUGUGGCGAAACAAUGGAGCUGUACCACUAUGUCAUAUCGUAAAGCUCUGAGUGAACCCCAUAUAUGGAAGUUCCACUCAGAAUAUUUUGAAGAAAGGUACAGGAUUAUGAUGACGGUGUGUAGGAGAAAGAAAAUCGCUAAAAAUAAACCUGAUCUUAGGAACAUCCAACCUGCGAUAAAGAAAAGAUGUGAGAUCGGACGAAGAAAGAAAAAACGAAUAUCCAUACAACUAAGAAAGUCAAGAACUGGAUGUUAUCAGCAGUCUAUCACUGACUAUAGUAUGACCCAUCGCAAGUUAACCAGACAGAUUAUCCAAUGGGACAAAAAGAAGAGAGGAAGAAACAAAAUUUCACGGAGAAAACAAGUGAUAACAAAAACCUUGUCUUACCUGCGUUUUAUCAAGAUCCGACCAAGAUAUCUGACCCGACGACCUGGAACGUCAAGAGAAAAAGACUAUUCACCCAAUGACCUACCGAUAACCAGUAUGCCUUGCCAAACAUUAUCGUGA